AUGAUAGUGAUUCCAUUACAAGUUGUUGCAAAUAUUGCACAGGUUGUGAUUGAUGAGACUGGGCCAUACGGUCAAGAUUGGAUGACAUGGAAACAGGUUUUCUUGCUUGUGGAUGUUGUUUGUUGUUGCGCUGUGCUUUUCCCGAUCAUUUGGUCGGUUAAGAACUUGCGUGAGGCAGCAAGGAUUGGCGGGAAGACUGCCGUAAAUUUAAUGAAGUUAACUUUGUUUAGGCAGUACUACAUUGUGGUGAUAUGCUACAUUUACUUUACACGGGUUGUGGUUUAUGCACUGGAGACAAUCUCAUCUUAUAAAUAUCUGUGGACCAGCGUGGUGACAGGGGAGUUGGUGACAUAG